AUGCAAGGCACACCCAACACCAACCUCCGCGGCUUCAACCACGCCGUGCACACCCUCCUCCGCAACCCCUCGCAAUUCCUCCCACACCUGACCAUCCCAACCUUUACCUCUCUCCCCGAAAACCUAGGCCCACACCUCAGACCAUCACCAUCACCAUCACCGUCACCGUCACCUUCGCCCUCAGACACCACCGAAAAGCCCCGCACCACACCCACACCCACAAUCCGCGCCCUCGUCCUCGACAAAGACAACACCCUCUGCCCCCCGAAAACCACAACCUUCCCGCCGCAAAUCCUCACCAAGCUUCACGCGCUUCGCACCUCGCCUACCUCGCCCUUCAACGCCACCACCUCCCCAAACUCCAUCCUGAUCGUCUCCAACCGCGCCGGCAGCCACCCGGCCUUCGAGGCUGAGGCGCGCGACAUCGAAACUCGGCUGGCCGCGCUGCGCAUCCCCGUCUUCCGCCUGCCGGCGGGCACCGAGAAGAAACCCUUCUGCGGGCGCGAGGUGGUGGACUGGUUCCGUGAGCGCGGGGUGGUGGCGCGCGCGGACGAGAUCGCGGUCGUGGGCGAUCGCUUGGGGACGGAUGUGUUGAUGGCGGCCAUGAUGGGGUCGUGGAGUGUGUGGUGUCGGGACGGGGUGUAUGAGGGGGUGGAGCCUGGGAAGGGGAGGCCUGGGAUGAAUAUUCUUGAGAAGAUGGAGGUUUGGAUUGAGAAGUAUCUGAGGGAGUCGAGGGGGUUGAAGGCGCCCGCGCCGAAGGGUUGGGAGCGUCAGUAG